AUGGACGCCGCAUCGCUUGCCGCUCUUCUGUCGAAAAUGCAGGACCAUGUACAGGAGAUGGCUACCGCGUUGAAGAAGGUGGUCAAGGACAAUUUGAGUACGGACAACACCCCUACUGACGUGGAGCUCAACAGAGCACUGCUUGUGGUCGACAACAUUGUGGGGGACUUGGAGCAGCUCGUGUUCCAAGUUGAAGAUGCUUUGAGCGGCAGCGGCAUGCCCAACCAUAUUUGUCACGGCACCAAUGGAUGCAUGGCAGUGGAAGAGGAAGCGUCGGGCUCAAAGGACGUUGACGACGACGAUGUUGUUCCCGCUGACUGGAGCCCCGAUGACAUACUGGACUCUAUGGAGUACGCCCUGUUCCUAUGUGAUGACGACGAUGGGAUUCCUUGGGCCGAUGUUGUGCCGCCAACCCAAGAAGGCAUCUUCGGGACAGAGUCUCAUGUGGCAGAAGAUCAGCAACCCGAGGGACCGAGAGAGGUGGCAGCUAUGGAUGGCUGUGGAUGCAGUUACACCAUGCAGGAGGACCUUCAUCUUGUGAAGGCAUGGCUUAACGUGAGUAUGGAUCCCGUGGUCGGGAGUAACCAGAGUAUAGGGGCUUUCUGGCAGAGGAUCGAGACCUUUUUCCACGAGCACAAAGACUUCCGUUCCACCCGCAACAAGAAUUCUCUGCAGGGGAGGUGGACCUUCAUCAAUGGGAUGGUGCAGAGGUUCUGCGGGCAUUAUGCUAGGGCACUGCGUAAUAGGAGGAGUGGGACGACCGAGCCCGACAUGAUCGCGGCAGCAUGUCAGAUGUUCCAAGCCGUGGAAAAGAAGGAGUUCACGUUGCUGCCUUGUUGGGUGGAGUUGCGGCAUUAUCCCAAGUGGAAAUCCAAGGCCUCCCGCAAGAAGAAGAAGACCUCCGCUGCGGGCAGCCCCGCAUCGACGCAGCACGUUGAGUCUUGUCCCGGGGUGAACGAACCCGAAGGUGUAGCUGCAGGACCUUCCAGUGGCGGUCCACGGCCGAAACGCCCACCUGGCCGCAAUUGCUCGAAGGAGGUUGCCCGCGGUUCUUCCUCCUCGAACUCAGCUUCUGGGCCUAUAAUUGAGAUAUUUGACUGCCAGAUAGCCAUGAAAGAGAAGGUUGAGAAGGAUAGGGCGGAGAGAUUUGCUGAGAUGAUGAGAAUAGAGCAGCAGAGGCUCAGGCUCGAGGAGGAGCGUGUACAAUUGGAAAAGGUCAAGGAGGAGAGGGAAAAGGUAAAGGAGGAGAGGGAGAUAAUGAACAUGGACCUUUUGCAGAUGGAUGAGGACCAACAGGCCUACUACAAGAGCCUCCGGCAGAGCAUUAUUGCAGCUCGUCGCGCUGCCUCUGGGCCAUCUGGCUAA